ACGCUAUAUGAUGGGUGAAUAGAACAUAACUCGACCUCGUUGUUGAGUGCGACGCCGGUGCUGUACCGAACGAAGAGAUCUUCAACAGAUGAAAUGAGGUACAUAAAGCCCUUGCAAUUGUUUCGUGAUUUGAUGAAUACAACCCAAAACCAACGCGGAAGGUUGCUUGGUUUGGAUGUCGGGGAUAAAUAUGUUGGCCUUGCUCUUUCUGACUUUGAUAACAAAAUUGCUUCACCUUUCAGCGUUCUCGUCAGGAAGAAGACAAAUAUUUGUUUAAUGGCUUCUGAUUUUGAGAGUCUGAUCUCUAAAUAUUCCUUAAAGGGCUUUGUUAUUGGCAUCCCUUUUGACAAACAUCGGCUGUCUGCUGAUGCUGUGCAAGUGAAGCUCUUCAUUGAUCUCCUCUGUAGAACAAAAAUGCUUGAAGGUGUAAAGUAUACAUAUUGGAAUGAGUGCUUCACGUCAAAGAAUGUGGAAUUGCUGCUAAAGCCUUUGAACUUAAAUCAUCCAUCUCUGUCCAAGACUAUGCUAGACAAGUUUGCUGCAGUAGGAAUACUUCAGGGGUACCUGGAUUUUGUCAACAGGAAAACGAAGCUGAUAGAAAAGGAUUAAGGCGCUUUUAAUAAAGUUACUUUUCAAGCCUGCUAAUGUUUCUCUUUUCUGCAGGUGUUGGCAUGCAUUAAAAAUCACUGGAACCUCUAAAUUAAAGGUAUUAUAAGCACCAGAGUAGGUGAAGGGAAAAUUGACUGAAUGGGAGAUCAAACUACUAACAGCAACAACAUUUUCAUCUUUUGUAGACUUGACCUGGUGUCAGUUGAGAUGCAAGCUCUGUUCUGGCUAGAUUCAUUUAAUUCAAUUGUAGAUUGAAGACUUUGGUAAAACUAUUAGGGACAUGUGAGAAAUUAUCGCAUUAUGUAUAUGAUUUUGUAGAAGAAAGAAAAGAAGAGGCAGAAAAUACUCUCGAUUUUAAUUGAUUCAUUGAAAUAGACUAUCAGAAAAAUUCUAUAAGAGCAGAUGAGCAGGCAUCCAAUUAUUUCAUCAAUGGAACUGUUCGUUCUUUUUUUACAA